CAGUGCUUUCGGUUUGAAUCUCACCAUGCUCUUCAACAAUGUCAAGCAAACGACCUCAAGGCUGUCAAAUUACAUGAACUUGCUCUUGAAUAGGGCCUCUUUACACCAGCUUCCUGGAAUAACAACAUGCAAAGCAGCCGGUUCUUUUAAUAACUUUCAUGUGCUGAAGUACUUCAGUUCAUUUUCAAUUCAAAACGACGAAAAAAAAAACUCGAUAUUUAGUGACUUGACUACAGUCGAUAACAACACAAAAACUGAAGCAUUGACAAAUCGAAUUGCUGAAGGUUUUGAUGCUAUUGGAUCACACGAAGAACUGCCUGCUUCUAAAACUGAAAACAAUCUCGAAGAUAUUGAUGAAGAAACUGCUCAAAGAAUUAAACUAGUUAAAGAAACUGAAAAGGCCAAAAAACGCAUUCAGAAAGUUGAAGAUGAUCCAGAAUUAGUGGAAUUUAAUAAAAAGUUCAUUAUAAAUCAAGCUGCUGAUGAUUUGCUUUCCCCAUUAAAACGAAAAGUAUAUUUGGCUAAUGUUGGAAAGUUUGGAUUUUUUAAAAAUAAUCAAAAUAUUCAAGUCGAAGGAAAAAGUUAUGUUUUGAAUCUUACAAAAGAAGAAAUUCAAAGUUUGGAGCCUUCCAUCUAUUUAAAAUCCUUCAGACUAAUUGGUUCUACAAAAAAAGCAUUGCAUAUUGUUCGGUUACUAAGAGGACUAACAUUAAAGGCAGCUAUUGCUCAAACUCAAUUUAUUGAAAAGAAGGUUGCAAAAGAAUUUUCUCCAAUUCUAGAAAGUGCCAUUGAAACCGCAAAAACCUAUAAUUUAAAUGCUAACGAUCUUUACGUUUCCGAAAUUUGGGCUGGAUCAGAUGGUGAAACAGAAAAGGGACUUGAUCCAAAAAAUAAAGGGAGAUUUGGUAUAAAACGUUUUAGAAGACAUCAUAUCAAAGCUGUUUUAAGAACAUCUCAAACACUUAAAAGACUAAACUAUGAAAAACUUGAGUUGCAGAAAAAGAAAAAACCUGCCUUUACUCCUUUAAGAAACCUUGGAAUCACUACUCGUCAAUCUCAAUUCAUGAAAUGGUGAAACAAAGUACAUUACAAAAGAUUUUAACAUCUC